AUGGCAAACUACCCAUAUCGCCCGGGCGGCCUCGAAUUCCGCUCGCAAUCCUUCGACCCUCCCCGCAAUGUUGGCUUGGGCAAUCUCGACAGCGCCAGCAUGAGCAGCGUGUCCCUUGCCGACCUUCCUAGCCCGCGCGCUGGUGAAGUCCCCCCCGCGCUUUCUCCUCUGGACGCCCUCGCACUCCAAGGCCGCCUACUGGCCAAGCGAUUCGAGCAGCAGGACACCAAGACUGGCCGUCGCCUCAGUCGACUGGCUCCACUCACCAUCCAGAAUGAAUUUGGAAACCGCGGCGGCUACUUCUCCUCUCUGUCUUCUUCCGCGCUCAAUUCACCAACCGAUGACGAAGGUCCAAUAUUUCCUAGGCCCGAGUCCUCACCGCGCCAGGAGGUGUCAGACAGGCACAAGUCUUAUUACCCUCAACUCGGCGGCGGCGGCGAUGAGCUGCAAUACACCCAGCCCCUCCCCCCACGAAGUCAGCUGGCUCCAAUUGGAGAGACCAGUCCCGGCACUCCGCCGCAGGGCUACUUUGAUCUUCCCCGGUCGCACUCUCCAGAAGUCGACGAGCCUCGUAUUGGGCUGCGCGAAGCUACACCUGUUAGCCCACAGGCACCUGCACCAACUUCUCGGUUAUUCCUAAGUCCACAGAGAAAGCAGUCUACCGACUCUCAACCAAGGUCGCAACCACGCUCCAACCUUCUUCCUCCAAGGUCAUCGAGCUCACUACACGCUCAGCGAUCUCCUAGACUAUCUCCAAGCAUCAGGUCGGUUCCCGAGGACAGCUCUGACGAGGUCGAGGACAUCUCACUUAGUGGUUCCUAUGACUCUAUACAACAGAACCGAAAUCUGUCGCCCAGUUCCAGCUUCUCCAGAGCACAUUCUCCCUUCACGCCUGCGACAGGCUCGUCUAUUCCUCGCUCGCCAUCAGUAUCUUCCGAGUACUCCACCAACGGCUCCAAUCUCCCUCGCCCAUCUUAUAAUUUCUCUAGACCGAUGAGCAGACAGAGCACUAGACCUUCCUUGGAUGUGAGGCCCUCGAUAGAUGGGUCGUCGCGACAGCACUCUGAAGAAAGUGUCUAUAUGAGACCUUCCUUCGAUAGUCAGCCUAGGCGUCAAGAUUCCAAUGGCAGUCCCAUCAACAACUACGCGAACGAAACUGUCCACACUCCUGUUAGCAUGGUGAGCGAGGACUUUCGUCGAUCAGCCGACUUGUCCAGCAAUCCUGCACCGUCGUACACCUAUGCCAAGUUCACCCUACCUCGAGGGAGACAUGUCGACCGGAAAUCCAUAGGCAUCGAGGACUUCUUCAAAAGCCAGAUAACAUGGGACCAGCCUACUCACGCGCACAACCAAGCUCGACCCCCUUCGCCAGAUUCACCUCCUCGGUCUUUUGAUCAAGUACGAAAAAGCAACGACCGCUAUCCCGCCCGUGACGCAUCUUUGGACCGUGGGGCUCCCUCCCUCACUUCCAGCAAUAGCACAAUUCGGGCGCGACCUGCCGGAUCAGCCGAUACCACUGCUCAAGAACACUGCGACAUGGGUCUCCAACUCCAUGAAGCAGGUGAACUGUUAAAAUCUACCUACCAUCUCCGGCUCGCAGCUCGUGCAGGUCUUCCAGAAGCGAUGUUCUGGUAUGGCCUGGCUUGCCGACACGGCUGGGGCAUGCGUGAGAACAAGGCCGAAGCAUUGCAGUGGUUACGUCGCGCCGUCGAUUCCGGGCAGCUAGAAGUGGCCGAUGACGAGGAUCUGUCCAAGCAUGGACAGCCAACCGACCUAGUGAAAAAGAAGCAGCACAGGGCACAGUACGCUGUUGCCAUCUACGAGCUUGGCAAGUGUUACGGAAAUGGCUGGGGUGCGGCUCAGGACAAGUCACUUGCAUUACGCUGUUACGAGAUUGCUGGAAAUUGGGGCGAUGCCGACGCACUGGUCGAGGCUGGCUACUGCUAUGCUGAAGGUGUUGGGUGCAAGAAAGACAUGAAGAAAGCCGCCAAAUUCUACCGCGCGGCCGAAGCAAAAGGCGUCUCCAUGGUUGGAAAUAGUUGGAUUUACAAGGACAAAUACAUGGAGGACAACCCUCCUGCCUCUGACUCACGGUCGGUCCGCUCCGGGCGGUCGACGAAGAAAGAUCACUCAGACAAGAAAUCUCGCGACAAGAGUCGAACACGCACCAUCUUCGGCCGCAAAAAGAGUCAUAAUGCAACACCGGCCUAA